UGUCCGUUAUUUUAGUCUGAAUCAUCUUCCGAGAUCGAGAAAGCUCUGCAAAAUACCCCAUGCAUAUCUCAGCACAAAAACUAGACAGGGAGUUUAGUGGCGGUGACCACCCAAAACAGUGCCAUUUUUAGACGUUUACUGCUGACGUUUACAGAGGCUUCAAAUAGCUUCCGUUUCACACUGGUAGUGAUUGGACUAUCCCGUACUUACUCUGUGAGCUAACAUAUUGGUUGAACAAGUCCGACAUUCUACACUUCAAUGGAGGAACAGCCCAAAGAUCGGGCACAAGAAAGGCAAUACAACCACCACGGAGAGGACAGACACUCUACUCAACAUACAACUUGUCUAAAAAAUGAUCAGAGCCACUUCCAGCGCCAGCAUCAGGAAACGCAGACGAAGAAAACAGGUUGGGCCAUCCGGAAAAGCAUUAAAAAAGUAAACAUCAGUGAGGAGGAGGGGGAGAAGAAUCCACAUCUGUCUGAUACUGUUCCUAUGUCACAUCCCCCCAACAGCAAUGGUAACAGACACGCAAGUAAUACAAAUGCGAAGCAGAAAUCAUCCCAAAAGCUGUACACGACUGUUCCAAAAUUGAGCAACAAAGGACUGGACGUCAACAAGAAUAUGGACCUUAAAAAUGACAAAGAAAAGGCUCUUGAUUUGAAUCAUCAUGAGGGCCAACCUUUGGAUAAAAAAGACUCUUUGUUGCUUCAAAAUGGCGUUGUAAACUGUGGCUUAAUUACAAAUGGCUAUUCUAGCAAGGACAAUGAUGGCAGCGGUUCUGAGGGUGGAUAUACUACUCCGAAAAAACGCAAGGCCAGAUGUAACAAUGCCAAGAACACUGAUAAUGUGAUAAGAGAAAAGGAAAAAGACAUGCAGCAGGGCAACACUACACAAGAACACGGGACUUUUAAUAUUGAGACAAUUGAGAAAGGAGUUACUUCUAGACUUGAUGGCUUUAGAGCAGCAAAUAAACUAGAAGCUCAGUCAACAGCUCGACGGGCUGUUGUAUCAGAGGCUUCAAUGGGUGAAUCUCAGAGGAAAAACUCUGAUGGCAAAACAACUGGCACUUUUGGUAAAAAGACUGAGGAAAGGCACAAAGCCAAGCUUUCUUCACCUUCAAAAGAGGACUCGUGGACUUUGUUCAAGCCCCCUCCGGUGUUUCCUGUGGACAAUAGCAGUGCAAGAAUUGUUCCCAAGAUCAGUUAUGCAAGUAAAGUAAAAGAGAACCUCAACAAAGUAGCUCAAGGUGGAGGAGAGGCACUGCCUCCUCCGGUUAGACUGUCACAGGUCCCCAUGUCUGCUAUGAAAACUAUCACCUCAGCUAGCUUUACUAAUGGCCCUGUUUCUGGAACCGGAAACGGCUGCCCAUCAGUGGGUACCUUCUUUGCUCCUGCUGCUAGUAGUAUUCCACCAGCCCCAUCUAUCUCAAGUGGCGAGAAUGUAGCAUCUCCUUUGGAAAGUAACUGUAGCUCUACAACCAGUCCUGUAGAUGGAGAAUCAUAUGAGCUUAGGAAGUGUACUCUUUUAAUUUACCCUUUAAAUAUGCAACCUGUGCUCCCUAGUGCUCGUCACCUCGACCCCCCGGCUGCUCAGACAAAUCAGAAAGCCCUGGGAGAUAUCUUCCAGAAUCAGUGGGGGCUUUCCUUCAUCAAUGAGCCUAACUUGGGGCCAGAGGGAGGAGGUGGCCAGGUGUCUGCAGAGGACAAGACUACUGUGGUCACACCUCAAAGCGAGUGUCAGGCUGCUGCUGCCAAGGCUGCCCAGCCCUGCUUUGAUGUGGGCCCAUCUUUUUUAGAGCCUGGUACUUUGGCUCAAGACCCAGAGAAAAGGACUUGUGCUCCUUGCAAUGCGUCUAAUGCUUGUUUUCCUGCGUGUAUGAUGAGUGAGGAGGAUAUCAAGCUGCAACCAUGUAGCCAGGAGAAGACAAAAGUUGAGGCCAAGGGUGCAGGUUCUGCUGUUUCUGCCGCCAGUAAAGACACCGGUGCUAAGCCUGCGCAGGGCCAGCUAACCACUGUGUUGUUUGGCUCCUCCAAACAACAGGCUAACACUAAAGACAUUGGCAGGAGGUGCAGCUGGGGCUCCUUCGAUAUUAAAGCUGCUGUCACUUAUCACACUAAAGAAAUGGAAUUCAUUUUCAGCCUGCAAAAACAAGAUCCAAAAAGAGUUGUGGUUUAUGAUGAGACCAAGGAUGGACCUGAUCAGUGAGGUAGACGCUCUACAGUACUUACCUUCUUCUCUUCUGGGUGCUGCGAUUAUCUACCUUUUGGAGUCCUGAAUCCUGUUGGACAGAUAAAGUGACAACUGUGAAAACAUUGAUAGUUUAGCAUGACAGAUUUUCCUUGGAAUCUCCGAUGGAAUAACAGACUUCUUUAGGGGCCUCAGACACACACACACACACACACACACACACACACACACACACACUCUGGAGGGACGUUAGGAGUUGAUCGGUGCCUCUCCAACACGAUUACUGAGACUUUGGAGCUGUGCUAGUUGUUUGUCUAGUGGCUCCUAAAGGAUGACGUUCAGGAGUUCAACAAAAGGAAGGUGUCAUGGAUUGCACCUCCCUAAGCCUUUAUCCUGUUGAACUGCGGCAGCCGUCAGUCUGACUUUGGGAUGCCUCAGUCAUUUCUUCUUCACGCAUUCAAAUGAGUUCAUUGUAGAUAUGUUAGACGUUUUACAUACACAUCCGUGUGCAAGCUUGAAUCUACCGUGGAAGAAAAGGAGAACACACUUUGCAAAGAAUGCCUUGAAGUUGUGGAGUACAGAUCUUUGGAAGCUCAGAGGUGAGGUCCCAUCCAGGAAGGGAGAACCUUGUCUUAAGUCCUCUAGGGAAAAUCAGAGCCCCGGAAUUUAAACACUUGCUUUUUCUUUUUCUACUCGUCUAUUUGUCUGCCCUAACAUUAAUGUGUUAUCUGCCCUGCAGACCCCAGAGCACAGGUACAAAAGUGCCCAAUCUGAAGGAAAGCUACGCCCCUUCAUUUCAUUUUUUUUUAUCAGGUCUCCGUUAAAGGCAACAUAUUUUCAUCUUACGGCUUCUACUACAUUUCAUGCCGAUUGAUAUGAGGUCAAGUCCUAAAUUCAGAUUCAUAUACAUAUAAACCUUCUAGUAUGUGAAUCCUGGAUUAAGGAAUUAACUUGAGUGAGCAAGGGCUACCAAUGUGCUCUUUGUUCAGCAGCGAGACUCAGGAUGUCCAUACAGAUGUUUUGUUUUGCCUGCAUUUCUUUCUAUGUAAACUGUUCAAUUCCUAUUGUCAAAGGAACAUGUGUUAUUUUAUGACUGAUUUUCAUUUCUGUUUCUCUGACUCGGCAUCUGGUCUUUUACUUUUCUGUCUUACGGCAUUGUAUUUCUUGCAUGUUUACUGGUGGGGAUGAACGCGUCAGAGGUCAGUGUUCAUUGCCGUACAGAGAUAACCGCAACACAACAACAAUUGCAAUACUAAUCUUGGUUCCCCUCCCCAACUCGCCACUUUGUGUUAAAAUGUGAAGAUGAAUUAUACUAUUAUGUUUUUACUGUUAACAUUUUUACAUUUGCAAACCAGUGUGCAAUAACACCGUGUGAUCCAGACAAUGUGUAAUGGGUUAUAUGGAGCUACAAAAUCACCUCCCAAAUGCUGGUGAGGUUUGGUGCGUUUUCAGUUUGUUGCACAAAUCGUACAGUGGAUUUUGCUAAAGAGCUCACGUUAAAAGAUCUAAUUAAGUCUAGGGAGCCCAAAUUCACUAACUGGCCAGCUGUGACAUCACUCUCAUCACCAUCUCCAGAUCAGGAUCGCUUUAUCCAACAUGGCGAAGGAACUGUCCACGUUUCUGUUCUUUAGAACUGUGGUUCCCAACCGGGGGAGUGGGGACCCCUAGUGGUAAUUGAGGGAUUGCGGGGGGUAUGCAGAAAGACUGAGGGAUUUCAAUUUAUUUCCACACAAAAAACAUUUUAAAAUCAAUUUUCAUAAGCCUGGUGUCCCGCCCCCAGAGCCAUCAUAGCUUAUACAACUCAAGCUAGCUCGCGCAUCUCAUUAAUAGCUGUAGUUUAAACGAAAGAUGACGAAACUGUAAAUGUAAACUAAAGGCAAGUUGUCCAAGUGAUUUUCAUUUAAGGAGCUGUUGUGUUAAAUAUGAUUACAAAGGGUUUAAGGCGAGAAAAAAUGUAGGCAAAUCAUCUCCGAGGAGUGAGGGGGUUCAUCAAGGGGUACACGGGACAACAAAGGCUGGGAACCACUGCUCUAGAAGAUAUGAUUUGGUUAAUGUGUGGAUCAAUAGCACUUUAUGUAAAUUAAUUGCUUUUAUCUUUUAAUUACAAGAGAGCUCUAUAUGUAUUGACAAGAAAUACUCCUUGAAAGAAUGGCUCUGGGCUGUUACUUUAAAAAAAUAAAUACAGAAUUAUUAAAUGUAACUCAGGUAGUGUUAAUAAAGCCAUGACUAUGUUAUUAUUUUAUUUCUUCUUCGCCAAACGGCCCCUGUCAUGUAAUGUACUCUGAUUGGAAAUGUUUAAUUGAAGUCCUAUUAUAUAGAGUCUCCUAUGACAAAACACCAAAUACUCUGGAGGAAAACUGUCAUGGUGUGCAAGGUGCUGUCGUUGUCAUUUGGGGCUCUACAAAUAUUUCCUUUUUUAUUUAGCCCUUUAAAAAAAAAAGAAAAAAGCACAUUGCUCCACGCGCUGUUUCUAUGUAUACUGUACUGUUAUCUUGCAAUUUUGAUGAUUCAUUUUUCUCCUUCAUGUGUUCAUAGUGAAGUACCUAUUGAUUUGUUAUUGCUGGGCAUCAGUGGUGUUUCUAUUGGCCGGCUCCAUACUGGGUAUGAGCUUUUAAGUACACUGGUUUCCCACCGUGUCCUGGUUAGGCAGCGCUGCAGCUUGUACUCGUGCAGAGCCAGUUGUCUUGACAUUUAACAUGUUUCAUCUCAGUUAGCUAUUCAAACCGCUUUGUUUUUGGCUUCCAUUGUAAGGCUUGUGAUGGAAAAGCGCCCUCUGAGUAUAUUAACAACUGUGUUGGAUCUGAUAUGAGAAAGCAAGGGCAUUUUGAUUUAACAUCGGCCAUUAGCAUUUAGACUUGUGUUUUUUUUUCUGUGCUUGUGAAAAUGACAUUUAAUCCGGCAUUAAGUUACACAAUCCUCACAAUAACAUUUCUUCUGAUUGUCCAUAAUCCAUCAACAAAUCAACACAAUCAGGUUCCCAUAUGGUACAUGCCAAAAUGUUUCAGGCUGAAAGCAUUAUCAUCCACGGACAGGGAUGCAUCCAUAGGCUUCUAAAUGUAAAACAGGGUGUUUAAAACGAGUAUUACGUGUUGUUACUGUAGUCUUAUGACCUUUUACUUUGAAAACAAAACAAAAAAAAUAUUUUGUCUUGCUCUUCGAGAGGAUGGUCCUUUUACAGGGAAAUCAGAGAGUCCCCCAUCCUCCCUCCCCAAGGAUGGUCUUUUCAAGCACUUAAUACAGCAAAAAGGCUAUGUUGAAUAUGCAUUCAUAAAGAUAGAGCUAUUGUUUAGCAUUGUAGCCUGCAAACCAAAAACAGGUUCUUGAAGCCGAGUAAAUGGCUAAUCAGUGAUGGGGGGCGGGGGGGUUGCGUGACUGGUGAGAAAAGUAAAGACUGAUCUUGUGGAGUUUCUAUCUCCGUCCCCUCAGGAUGUGCAAUCACCUCAAGGACGCUGAUGCAGGCUUCUAGGCUGUGAGUGACGAGUUCGGCCUCGUUGUAUUUUUGGGUGUGUGCAUAGCGAGUUCUUCCUAUUAUAUGCAAGUUCCUUAUAUAUAUUUCAGAUCUCCCCACCCCACCCCCCUCCCCAUUUGUUGUCUCAUGUUCAGGUGCCUGUGUGAAAAAUAUAUACUUUUACAGCAAUUUUGAUUGUUUAAAAUCUGCUUCCAGCAUAUAUCCGUGCCAUUUUUCUUUUCUUUGUUUCUUCCUUCUUUUGUAACAUUUGCAAUGCUGUUUAAAGUCUUCUUACAGCUAAUCCUAUAAUUUCUUCUUUCAAGCGACAUGGACACAGUUGAAAGCAAUGCGAAUUUGAUGUGUUUUGUAGGUUUGGAAAUGUGUCAUGGCUUGUGUUCUGAAUUGUGUGACCUAUAAGCCAAAAUCAGUUUGAAUGGGACGGACGACGAGCUCUCGCUGGCGUAUACUCAAGCCAGUGCUUUUGUCGGGUUAAUGUCUGAAGUAGCACAUAAUUGAUUUGAACUGAUUUAACAAAUUAAUGUUUUAACAUGUGUUUUAAAAAAGGUUUUAUUUUUGAGUUAUAACCUAAUUUAUCCAUAGAUGCACAAGUAGGAUGAGACUAAAAGGAAUAAAUGAUACAGAAAAUCAAGAUGUCUCAUUUUUUUUGUGAGUUUUAGAUGAUUAAGUUACUGAUAAAGACUGAUGUAGAACUAUUUUAUCCCCCAACAAUAGCACCGUUAAUGUGUUUGAACUCUUCCAGCAGAUUUUCUACAGAUUACUUUAACUCUUCAGAUAGUUGAGAUGGAGCGAUCGAGACUCGCUGCAUCCCAGAGAUCCUCUUAAUAUAUUUUCUAUUUGUAGUGAUCAUAUUGUGAGGGAGUGAGGUAUUAAAGUGCGGUUCAACAACUCUGAAAUCUGCUUUCGCCAAAGGUACACUACUCAGAUAUUCAGCUAGUGAAGGGCAAGCGCACAGACCGGAGACACGUGUUGAUGAUGUCAUAACAGGCUGGAGGUUUUAGUGAAGAACAGAAGUCACUACUGUAGCAGCUGAAUGUCACUUUGAGUUAUUUCACGGUGUGUGAGAGCAAAAGAUGAAACAAAUACCAGAAGUGCUGCUUCUUCUUCAUCCAGUAAUCAAUCGUCUGUAAUGGGAAAUGCUGGACUUUGGUGUUUGUGCUCUACUUAAAAACUGUCCCUUCUUUUAAACUGCCUUUUUGUGGAAAUGUUUUAAUUUAGGGGGCUUUUUUUUGUUUUAUUUAAAGACACCCGAGAGGUACAGUGUUUUUCAGUUCACACAUGAUGAAUAAAAAAUGUAAAAAAGGCACCAUGUGUCUUUACAAGGUUCAGUCAUGAAAAGAGGCCAUGUGUUGCGCUGAGUCAUCUUUUGGUUUUGUUUCUGUGUCAUCUCAAAUGGCUGUUGUGCGUGUUGAUUUCUUUUUGGUCUGCUCCUUCUUUUCACUUUUACAUCUCUUGCCCCCCUAAAAGAUGAGGCAACAUCAUAUUUCUUUCUCACUUGUCUUACAGGUCGACAUUUUACGUCUUUAAGUGAGCAGUCUGUUUAUUUCUUUUGUUUGGAAUUUAACAGAAGUGUCACAUUACAAUGUUUUUUUUGUUUUUUUUAAAAGCAUGAUAAUAACCCUCAAACUCCAAACAAUGUAAUAGAGUCGAUAUAAAAAAUAAAAAAAACUUCCAGUGUUCACAAUUUUAGUUUCCAUUAAAAUGUCAAAUUUUCAUGAAGAAUACUGUGUUUUGUGUGGUGUGCUGCAUUUCUUCAGCUCUGUUUAAAUAUUUCAUACCGUCAGUAUAUCGGCUUGUAUUGUAUACCAGGAAGAGACCGCUUUAUCAUGUGAGCAAUCGGAAAUAAAACACCUUAAAUAAA